AUGGGACAGGCGGGGAGCAGUCGCUGUCCACAAGCGGAUGGUGCUGAAACGCAGAGUGACCUGCAGCCUGAGCUCGACCCCCAGUGGCUCUGCCAGCAGUACGAGCAGCGCUGCCGAAGCAACAAAGUCAACGGCUGUGUCAAGUACCUGAUGUUCCUGUCCAACUUCAUGUUUACAUUGCUGGGCUACCUGAUUCUUGGGAUCGGGGUCUGGGGACUCGUAGACAAAGAAUCUCUGGACCUGGCCAACAUCAGCUCUCUGAGCACAGACCCCAUGCUGGCGUUCGUUGUUGUGGGGCUGAUUGUUGGUGUUUUUCCUUGCUCUGGUUGCGUGGGGGCCCUGAGGGAGAACCGGUGCCUGCUGAAAUUCUUCAUGGCUGGCAUCCUCAUGUUCGUGACGGCGGAGAUCAUAGGCGGGAUCGUGGUCUACGCCCAGAGGGACGCAAUCGAACACUUUCUGAAGAACGGCAUGACCUUAGGCGUCAAGAGGUAUCAGGACGAUCCCGAUGUUCGGUUCAUUAUCAACGAGAUCCAGCAAGGGUUAAUGUGCUGCGGGGUCGAGUCCUAUCACGAUUGGCAAUUAAACAUGUAUUUUAACUGCAGCUCCCCAGGUGUCCAUGCGUGUGGAGCCCCUGCUUCCUGUUGCAUCAAUCCUCAAGAAAAUGGCUCAGUUAUAAACUCUCAGUGUGGCUUUGGCACUCUACACAUGGAAGAAGUGACAGCCCAGAAUUAUAUUUACCUACGUGGGUGCAUGUCACAGCUCACUAGUUGGUUUAAUAGCAACAUAGAUUCAAUUGGUGCAUUUGGUGUAAUUCUCAUGGUUAUUCAGCUACUUGGGUUAAUUUUUGCAAUGAAGAUACUGAGUGACAUUGAACUGAUCAAAGCACAUUGGUAG